AUGCCCGACCCGCCGCCCCUCCCGCUCCCCGAGCCCCCCACAGCCUCCACCCUCGCCUCCGCACGUGCCGACCUCGCAGCCACGCACGCAGCCCUCGCCAUACUCACCGCCAAGGUCUCCGCCGCCGAGUCCGACCUCGCCCGCCUCGUCGCCGUCGCUCGCGCCUCCAUCGUCGACCUCGACGCCCAGCGCGCCGCUCUCGAGCUCCGCGCCGCCCACGCCCGUGCGUACGUCGCCCCCGUGCGCCGCCUUCCCCAGGAGCUCCUGCGCCAGGUGUUCCUCAUGAACUGGGAGGAGUACCCCUGCUGCGGCUGGGUCCUCGCAGCCGUAUGCACCACCUGGAGACGCCUUGCACUCUCGAUGCCCGUUAUUUGGUCGAAGAUCCGCCUCGUCACCUCUCCCACCGCCUCCGCCGACACCAUCCGCCUCUGGCUCGAACGCGCCGGCCCCCGCGUCCCGCUCGACAUCGAGAUCUUCCUCCAAGUCUCCCCCGCCACCAGCGCCCUCGCCAACGGCGCCCUCGCGCGCCCGCGCAUUCGCGCCGGCUCCCCAUGGACUUUCCCCGGCACCACGACCUCCCUCUUCGGCGGCGGCGGCGGCAUCGCGGCCGCCACCGCCGCAGCUGCCGCGCAGCUCGUCGCGUCGCUCGCGCCCCCGAACACGGCCGCGUCCAUCCAGAUCAUCCAAGGCGGCGGCCCGGGCACACCGAUCUUCCUCCCCGCGCCGCCGCCACCGCCACCGCCCGCUAACGGCACCACGGGCGCGUUUGACCUGUGGGGCCCGCUGCCGGCGGCCGUGUCGGUCUCCGCUGCCCCGCACCCCGCGCACGAGGUCGGGCUGCUUCCCCCGCCGUCUGCGUCCGUCCCGCCGUCUGCAUUUGCGUCGACGUCGGCUGCGAGCUCCGCGCAGGUGGCGGCACAGGCAGCGGCACAGGCGGCGGCGGCUGCUCAGGCGCAGCUGGCGCGCGCGAGUACACAUUGGGGACACAUCGCGAUGUUCUAUCUCGUUGAGCAGAUGGCGCGGUGGGAGCGCUUCGUGUUCCGCUUCGAUCGGCAGUUCCAGUCUGCGGCCGCGCUCAAGAGCAUCAUGGGGAACGCGCCGCUGCUGAAAGAGUUUGAGGUCUCGUGCGCGGAGCCGAUCUUCUACGGCGACUGGCAGUGGCUCCCGAGCGCAAACCCGCAGGUGCAGCCCGCGCUCCCCGCACUGCAGGCCCUCACGCUCCAAUACACCCCCUUCAAAUGGACCUCGCCCAUGCUCCUCCGCUCCAACCUCCGGCGCCUGCACCUCCGCGCGCUCCCGACACAAACAACGCCGCUCGACCGCGUACUCCACAUCGUCGCGCACAACCCGCUCCUGGAGGACCUCACGCUCCACUUCCCAGGCCUCGCCGCGCCCGUGCUCCCGCUCGCGCCGACGCCGCUCCGUGCGCUCACCGCGCUCAGCGUCGGCGGGCACUACCUCAUGGCCGCGCUCGUCGACGCGCUCGCGGCGCCCGCGCUGGAGCGCCUCGCGCUCGACAUCGACGCGCGCGAGCCGCUCGAGGACUGCAUCUCCGGCCUCCUCGCGCGCUCGCAGCACCCGCCGCUGCGCGCGCUCUCGAUCGCGUACGGCGGCGCCGGCGGGCUCGGCGGGGGCGGGGGCGGAGGAGGAGGCGGGUUCGGCACGUUGGGCGGCGCCGGCACGGCGUAUUUCUACGGCAACGCGAGCGUCGUGAGCUCGUGGGCGUUCCUUGGCGAGCUGAGCCACUUGCGCGCGCUGCACGUCGGCAGCGCGCCGCUCGAUCCGCUGCUGAGCGCGCUCGGGGUGCCGGACGACGAGGGCGCGCCGGGCGCCGGUGGCGGUGGCGGAGGAGGAGGCGCGGGUGGAGGAGUGGGAGCGGAUGGGGGAGCGGCGGGGGGGUGGGCGUGUCCGUUUUUGGAGCACCUGGCGCUCAAGGCGUGCCCUGCGCACUCGGACGCGGUGGCAAAGCUCGUGCAGAUGGUGGAGGGUCGGAACCCCGACGAGGGCGCGCUCGGGUCGGCAGCGGACGGCGGCGGUGCCAAUGGUGGUGCUAAUGGUGCUAAUGGUGGUGGUGGAGGCGGAGGGGGCGCGGUGGCGCGGCUGCGGCGGCUGGAGAUGUACGAGUGUGCGGCGGUGGGGCCGGACGUGGUGGAGUGGAUGCGGAGGCGGGUGGAAGAGGUGGUGUGCGUCGAGCCGCCGGCAGAGCGGUGUAGCUAUCCGGUCGUGUGCGCGUGGCCGUGAGCGUGUGUUCGUGCGCGCGCGUCGGUCUCUCUUUUUUUUUACUGUCGGUCGGCCUGCCCGCUGUCUGUUUCCACUUCGCGUUCGCGUCCUGUCGUCGCUGUCGAUUUCCUUUC